AUGAUCACUUUGGAUUAAUAUUUCAUUUUUCUAAGUUAAUUAGGUUAAGAAGCUGAGAACCUUAAACACUCUUUAUGUUCACUUGAGAACUUUGAGUCAUAUAGUUAUUGGAGUAUAUUGACUAAUAAUUCAAUGCUCCUCAAUAUUAAUUAACUUUAAGAUCAGUUUCCAACCUUGCCUGUACAAGGAAUAGCGAUGAUAUUUAAAGUAUUUGAUAGCGAUCUUGAUGGCAAUCUAAACUUUUCAGACUUUUUCGACAUGAUUAUAUCAAUAGAUAAUCCAACUUUGAGAUAAGAAGUUACUUUCAGGAAGGUUGAAUAUAAAAUUAAACGCAUAAUACUAAUAAAUGCAAGAGUUUUUGAACUUCUUUAAUUUUAUUGCACAAAAUUAAUGGAACUAUAAUAGAUAAAAUAGUAAUUACAUUUUUAAAUUGACUUUAAUGUAUAUUUAUCAUUUUGUAAGAAUAAAAACCUUACAGUUGAUCAUUAUACCUAUUUUUUGGUCACUAAAGAAUAUAGUAAGCAUGAUGAAAAUGUUAUUAAAUUCUAAGAUUUUUAUAAAUUCCUUUCAAAUCAAGAUAAUAAUGCAAUCAAUGAAUUAUUUUCUAUAAGCUUAGAGAAGAUAUAAGGAGCUUAAGAAAUAAUGAAGAAAUUUGAAGAAAAAAAGAAUUUAACAAAAAAUAAAUAGUUAAUUAAUAAAUAAUAAUAGUCAGCAUGGUAAUUAAAAAAUAUUCCAAAGUAAAUCUAAUAUUUCAGUGUUUAAACAAAUGACAAAAAUGAAAAUAGGAUAUUUGAAGAUUAGAAAAUAUCAGAAUGGACUUAUUGA